AUUGCCUACAGUGUCUUCUCCUUCGGAUGAUGCUGCAGGGAGAAGGAAUUGCCGACUCCGGCGACGCUGAUGCCUCUGCCUCCGCCUCCGCCGCCGCCGCUGCUGAACUUGCUGCUGCCGGAUUCAGUGAAGAAGAAAGGGCAAGAAUCGAAGAGGGUGGACGAAAUUCCGGCGGAAACCGGUGGCCCAGACAGGAAACUUUAGCUCUGCUUAAAAUCCGGUCGGAUAUGGAUGUUGCUUUUCGUGAUUCAAGCCUCAAAGGUCCAUUAUGGGAUGAGGUUUCAAGAAAAUUAGCUGAGCUUGGAUAUCAUCGAAGUGCAAAGAAAUGUAAAGAGAAGUUCGAGAAUGUUUACAAGUACCAUAAGAGAACUAAAGAAGGACGGACUUCCAAAGCCGACGGCAAAACCUACAGAUUUUUUGAUCAAUUACAAGCUUUGGAAGCCAACCCCGGCGGAGGAAGCCACCAGCAACCACCGCCACCGCCGCCGUUAUCUCUUCCUCCUUCAAAGCCACCGGCAAUGCUGAAUACUAGUCAGAUUCCAUCGACUACUGUUCCAUCUGUUGUAACUCCGAUCAAUAUCACGCAUCAGAACAACGUCGAUCCAAUCUCGGUUGCAGCUCCGGCGGGGGCAAUGAACAUUAAUCAUCAUGUCGUAGGUGGGUUUCCGUUUUCGCAUCCGAAUAUGUUGUCGGCGUCCACGAAUUCGACGUCUUCAUCGACUUCUUCCGAUGAUGAGCCGCCGGAGAGGAGAAGGAAUCGGAAACGGAAGUGGAAGGAUUUCUUCGGGAGAUUGAUGAAGGAGGUGAUUGAUAAACAAGAGGAAUUACAAUCGAAGUUUCUUGAUACGUUGGAGAGACGUGAACGUGAUCGGAUGGCGCGAGAAGAAGCUUGGAGGAUCCAAGAAAUGGCGAAGAUGAAACGAGAACAUGAUCUUUUGGUUCAAGAAAGAUCAAUGGUCGCUGCUAAAGAUGCGGCGGUCAUCACCUUCUUGCAGAAGAUCACCGAACAAAACCCAAAUGCUGCAAUCCUGCAAAUACCAGCUAUGCAAUUACUCCAACAACAACCACCAUUACCGCCGCCCCCGCCACCACCAUCGCAGCAAAUGCCACCAAUGCAACAGCAACCACAACCGCAACAGCAACAGCAACAGCAACGGCAACAGCAAGUAGGGCCAUCUCAACAUCAAGUUCAAACAAUGCCAAUUGCAGUACCAGUACAAGUGCCAGUGCCAGUGCCAGUAUCAGUAUCCGUAUCAGAACCUGCUCCACAAACAUCGACGGUGAAGAAUCUGGAUAACGGCGGCGGAGGAGAGAACCUGCUACAACCAAGUCCAUCAAGAUGGCCAAAAGCAGAAAUUAACGCACUGAUAAAACUCCGAACGACUCUCGACACAAAGUAUCAAGAAAGCGGGCCAAAAGGACCAUUGUGGGAGGAAAUAUCGUCGGCGAUGAGGAAGCUCGGAUACAACCGGAAUGCGAAAAGAUGCAAAGAGAAAUGGGAGAACAUCAACAAGUACUACAAAAAGGUGAAGGAAAGCAGCAAGAAACGUCCAGAGGACUCAAAGACUUGCCCUUAUUUCCACCAGCUCGAUGCCAUUUACAGAGAGAAAGCUAGCAUAAAAUUACCCGAAACCCAGAUGGCUCCAAUAAUGGCUCGACCGGAGCAGCAAUGGCCACUUCCGGCGACGGCGGUGGUGGUCCAAGAGCAGCAGCACCUCCAUCAACAACCACCGCAACAACAGUCCAGAACGAAUGAAUCUAGAGAUCAGAAUGCCGAGGAGGAUUACGACGAUGAAGAAGAUGAUGACGAGGAGGAAGAAGAAGAAGAAGGUGGUGGUGGCGGUGAGUACGAGAUUUUUCCAAACAAGACAUCAUCAAUGGCUGCAGUUGAAUGAUGGAAAUUUAUAAGACAAUCGAAUCGAACAGCAUUGAGGUGCACUGCAAAAUGUGGGUCAUGAGUUGCAGAAGUUGUCCGAUGGGUACGCGGGUCGGGUUGCGGGUUGAUUAUGGAAGCU